AUGCAUCUGACUCUCAGCUUCUAUCUCGUUGCGCUGCUCCCAACCGUAUGCGGAAAGACAGAUGCCAAUAAUUAUUUCAUCAACCCAUCGUCGAACACCGGGAUAGCCCCAGUCUGGACUCUAGGUGACCAACAAGUGAUCUCCUGGAAGACCACACUAGAAGUAUUCAAUAUCUCCAUGUGGCAGCAAAGCCUGGUGCAACAGUCUGCAGCCAGUCAAGGCAAUGUUUAUUCCAAAAUCCAUGCCAGCGAUAAGGUCACAAAUUUUACCUGGACCGUGCAACUAUACGGAUUUGACCUCGAUUAUUCCAACGUGUUUUUCUUCUGGGUCAAUUCCGAUACACCUGAAGGAUUCCCUUCCACUUACUUCAAUAUCACUAAACCGACGAGCACCCAGACGGCGACUACUUCAACGUCCGUGUCACCAUCUACCACAAGUUCCAUCGACUCGUCUUCCUCGGUAUCCUCUCACCCUGAUGCUGCUUCCCAGUCAUCCUCUCACUCUGAUGCUGCUUCGCAGUCAGCAUCGCCCUCAGGCAUCCCGACUACCGGAAAGAUUGCACUUGGAGUUGGGAUUGGUAUCGGGGUCCCUGUGUUAGCUGCGCUGGGCGCUCUCGUGUGGCUCAAAGCCCGUGCACCCCGAACUUUCAAUGAAAGGGUUGGCAACCAUGUUCCCGUCGCUCCUGAACGGGCCAUGCAACGACCGGCAGCAGUGCAUUAUAAAUCGCCGAUAGAGAUGCCGGGGACCGUGCCCGAGAUGUCGGGGAACACGCCCGCAACGAUAUUUCCCGAAAUGCCCACACAACGAGAUCAGUAA